GGGCGUUGAAGCUCUGACCAAAGUUCCUAAACUCAUUUAAAGGAGCCUUGGUCAGUAUCGCACGACGCCAGAGUGCCAGAGUGGCCAACGUGCUAUUGCGCGACCUCGAUUUAACGCGUUUUUUAAACGCCAAAGCGACUGGAGCGUUUUUCGAGUGGUGUAACGUCGCAAGCAGUGGCCGAGCGAGCAAGCCAUGCCCAUGGAAUGGAUCGACAUCGUCAAGGACCUGUGCGCGGGCACGGUCGGCGGCGUCGCGGGCAUUGUCGCUGGCCAUCCGCUCGAUACGAUCAAGGUCCGGCUGCAAACACAGGCGCAGCGCGGCAGCGUCAUCGCCGCGUUCCGCUCGAUUGCGGCGAAAGAAGGGUUCCGCGGCUUCUACAAGGGCAUGGUCUCGCCCAUCGUGUCGAACGCGCCGAUCAAUGCAGUGGUGUUUGCAAUCUACGGUCAGGCGUCGCGGGCGCUGGCGGGCGACGCGCCGCUCACGCCAGGGCAGCAGUACCUUGCCGGCGCUCUCGCCGGGCUGGCACAAGUGACCUUUUCAGCGCCGGCCGAGCUCGUCAAGAUUCAAAUGCAAGUCGACACGCGCGCGUCGGCAUCAAGCUCGUUUGCGUGCGCGCGUCAGAUUGUAAUGCAGCACGGCGUAUCCCGCGGCCUCUACCACGGGUGGCAGCUCACGGUCCUGCGCGACGUGCCCGCGUUUGGCUCGUAUUUCUUCACGUACGAAGUCGCCAAGGAAAUGUUGAGCGACGGGAAGGACGCGUCGACGAUGACGCUGCUGCUCGCAGGCGGCAUUGCGGGCUCCAUGUCGUGGAUCCUCACGCAGCCCGUCGACGUGCUCAAGACGCUCGUGCAAAGCCAGCGCCUCGAUGCAAUGGCAUCGAUCCAUACGGUGUUCCAAGAUAACCUCCAGCGCGACGGCCCUCGCUUCUUGACCAAAGGGUUCACAGCCACGGUCCUCCGCGCGUUCCCAGUAAGCGCCGUCACGUUCCUCGUCUACGAGCGCACGAUGGAGAUGCUGCACAUUCCAGACGCAGAGAACGCGCUCCACCUCCUGUAAGCACCUCGUACCUUGUAGAUAGACGCCCGGAGGUGUGGAAUAAGAAUAAAUAGGAGAUCUUAUAAGGCUAGA